AUCGUCGAUACGCAUAUCAUCCUCCUUCUUCUUUACGGAUCUAUCUCUCGCUUCCUUGGAGAUAGACAUUACGCCCCUUUACGAUUUUCCGCAUACACGCACGUACGCUUCACGCUAGCUACCUACAUGAUAGCAUGAUUUCUUCGAAUUCGACUUCUACUCUACUUCACCGAUACCCCGUAUCUCACGCACAUUCUUCUUCCUUCCGAUUCUAUUCGAAUGUGUGUCUGUUCUCUUUCCCCAUUUUCCGCUGGGUGGUGGGUUUCUUGUUGAUCUGCUUUGAAGAGAUCUCUAGCUUGGUGGUACUUUUGUUGUUGAAGAAGAAGAGAGGGAUGGGGGGGAGAUCUCAAAACACGUUCUAGCGUGCUGAAUCCUUGCACAUAAGGAGUGCAUACAAACAAACAAACAAAUCCCUA